AAAAACAUGCCUUCUGAAAUGUGGGUGACACAAAGACAGGAUCAUUUCAAUGAUGCCAACACCAAAACAUGGCAACAGAAAUAUUAUGUUAAUGAUCAGUACUAUAGAAAAGGUGGACCAGUAUUUUUAAUGUUGGGAGGGGAAGGACCACUAGGACCAACAUGGAUGGUUGAUGGAGCUUGGAUUGAUUAUGCUCAAGCUUAUAAUGCCAUGUUGUUUUCUAUAGAACAUAGAUAUUAUGGAAAGUCUCAUCCCACACCUGAUAUGAGUACAGAAAAUCUACAGUAUUUAAGCAGUGAGCAGGCUCUAGCUGAUAGUGCUUAUUUUAUUCAGUAUUGUAAAUAUAAAUUUGAACUUCAAGACAAUAAAUGGAUCUCUUUUGGUGGAUCUUACUCAGGUUCACUAUCAGCCUGGUUAAGAUUAAAAUACCCACAUCUUAUUGAUGGUGCUGUAGCUACUAGUGCACCUUUAUUAGCUGUUAUUGAUUUUAAAGAAUAUUUGGAUGUGACUCAGGCUUCUCUAGCUACAACAGGUAGUGGUUGUAAUGAAGGUAUUGAAGAAGCUACUACAGCAGUUGAAAAACUUCUACAAACAGAGGAUGGUAGAGGUCAGCUUAAGAAAAUGUUCAAAUUAUGUGAUGAUAUAGAUAUAGAAAAUAAACUAGAUAUAGCUAAUCUCUUCUCUAAUUUAGCUAAUAAUUUUGAAGAAGUAGUUCAAUACAAUAAAGAUAAUAGAGGUUUUGAGGGUGGUGUAGGAGCUAAUAUUACAUUAGAUGUAUUAUGUGAUAUUAUGACUGAUACAUCAAGAGGUCUUGCUCUACAACGUUAUGCUGACGUCAAUUCUCUCAUGUUAUCUACCUAUUCUGAGAAAUGUUUAGAUUUUCUUUAUUAUAAUAUGAUAGAGGAGAUGAGAAUUUCUGAUUGGAAUAAAACAGAUUCUCCAGGAGGUCGACAAUGGGUCUAUCAAACAUGUACAGAAUUUGGAUUUUUUCAAACAUCUGAUCUGGUGGAACAGCCUUUUGGUCAGAGAUUUCCUUUGAGUUUUUGGGUACAACAAUGUAAAGAUAUUUAUGGCUAUCGUUUUAAUGCUGAUUUAAUUAAUGCUGGUAUUAAUAGAACCAAUACAAACUAUGGUGCUAAGAAUAUUAAAGCUUCUAGAAUAGUAUUUCCUAAUGGUUCUAUAGAUCAGUGGCAUGCUUUAGGUAAAUUAGAUAAUCUACCAGCUGGAAGUACUGCUAUCUUUAUUAAUGGAACUGCUCAUUGUGCCAACAUGUAUCCUGCAGCUCCCACAGAUAUCCCAGAACUGACUCAAACUAGAAUGACUAUACAAAAAUUAAUAGGAGCCUGGAUUCAGUAGAUGUAUAAAAAAAGUUACUUUUUCAUAUAAAUUUCACACAUAUCAGAUUUUCUUUCAUAUACCUAAUUAAGCUAACUACUUAAAUAUUCAUAUUUUUUUUAUUAUACAAGAAAGUAGUAGUUCUGGCAAUAAUGCUCUCAAGAAAAUUUUAUAGUUUGUUUACUUAUAUUUGUCUUGUUGACUUCACCAUUUGCUCAAUUUGAUACCACAAUGUUGUAUAUUACUGUAUGUUGUUUCUUUGUUACUAAUUUUAUUAUGAAAAUAGAUUUAUAUUUCUCUGCAUC